CUCCUUUGUCCAUUGACAAGAGCCAAACGACUUUCCACGGAAAGAAACCGGAGGUUGUGUGGCGUGACCGUUUUUGCCGUUAUCUACUUGGCCGCAGUUUCGAUUUAAGGCGAAGCUAACGAACCUAGCAAGGCUUCGUUCGUUAACCUGGCCGUGCUAGUGCAUUAUGAACCAAGCGAAUGCUAAUAAGAGCAAAUCUGAGUCCGUCAUCGAGUCAAGCCCAGCACAGAAGAAAAUCAAAAUGGAAGACAGCAAGUACCUCCCGGAGCUCCUGGCUGAAAAGGACAGCUUGGAUUCUUCGUUCACACACGCCAUGAAGCUUAUUUCUGCAGAGAUUGAGAGGAUCCAGAAAGGUGAUACCAAGAAAGAGCCAGAGAAGGAAGCAUAUCUGGACCUGUUUGCUACCAAGAAUCUCAAACUCAAAGAGCGAGUACUCAUUCCCACUAAACAGUACCCUAGGGUCAACUUUGUCGGUAAGCUUUUGGGACCUCAGGGUAGCACAAUUAAGAGACUCCAGGAGGACACUGGUGCAAAAAUUUCAGUUCUGGGUAAAGGUUCCAUGAGGGACAAAAAUAAGGAGGAAGAGCUGAGGAAGGGCGGCGAGGCUAAAUAUGCUCACCUGGCCAUGGAGUUGCAUGUGUUCAUUGAAGUGACGGCACCCAUCCCAGAAGCCUAUCUGCGCAUGGCUCAUGCCAUGGAGGAAGUCAAGAAGUUCCUUAUCCCAGAACCUGGUGAGCAUGACCCGUAUAUGGAUCCUCACUUCUUGAAUGGAUCCCAGGAUGGUUCAGGCAGGGGGCGAGGUGGUCACCUAGGAAGGGGCAGAGGUGGACCUCCCGGUGCUGGAGGACCAAGGGGGCGAGGAAUGCCACGUGGGGGCCCACGAGGAGCAAUGCGUGGUGGAGCUCCACGGGGAGGACUAGGACGGGGCAGCGCCCCUAGAGGUGCACCAUCUGGUAGGGGUGGUCUACCUUCUGCACCUACUAGAGGAGGCUCAGCUCCCCGCUCUAGACCCCCUGCAGCUGGGGCACCAAGAAUGCUCCCCUCCUCAGCCCUGUCCCACCAGCAACACCAAGUUCCUCCUUCAGCAUCACAGCCCAAAGCUGAUGCCUAUGAGGACUAUCCUCCAUAUGAAGAAUCCUAUGCAGAGCCUGCCUAUGAAGGAUAUGAUAGUUAUUAUAGUCAGCAGUCUGCACCUGCGGAUACUGAAUACUAUGAUUACGGACACGGGGAGGCCCAGGAUUCAUCAUAUGAGCCUUAUGCUCAAGAUGACUGGGACAACUCAUGGUCCAACUCUGGGGCCGGAGGCAAAGCCCCCCCGUCCAGACAGUCGAAGGGAUCGUAUAGAGAACAUCCAUAUGGAAGAUACUGAACGGCUACUGGUAGAGAGUUGCUGUGGCAACUGUCUCAGAUUGUAACUCGCUUAACUUUUCAAAAGUAAUUUCCCUCGUUUGUUCCGUUUUUUUAUGCUUUAUUUUAUUAUUUUGUUUUUUAAACUCGGAGACCUUUUGUUGGAUGUAUCAUAGAGCCAGGGGAGAAAAAUGAGCGCACAUUUUUUUCAUUGUUUAUCUGUUUCUAUUUAAUGAUUGUGUCAGUUGCAUAGUUGGCAGUUAAGGUCCUAGUGACAUAAACCAGGAACGUUUAGUGGUAUUUGAUGGGUAUUUCAGUUUCAGUGACUGUGGCGAUAAACCUUUCUCACAUAGGCUGCAUUUUAAAAGUCCUUCUUGACUGGACAAAAAUGUUUCAUAAUGCCUCAAUGUAACUUCACUAUAACUAGAAUAGAUUUAGUUGCAAACUCAAAUACAGCCCUGAGCCGUUUGAUUAAAAACAAGUCUUAUCGUAUAUUUGUUACUAUAUUACGAUACAAAUCUCGUGUUGUAUGAAGUUAUAGGAUCUCCUAAAAAAUAUUACACUAUUGAAUUACAUUUGACAAAGAAAAAUGCCUCUAUUUUUGCCACUCUUUACAAUUGGUAUAUUAUGCUGUCUUGCAAAAUCAUCGCUGAUGUUAGACUAAUUCUUGUUAAGAUUGAAGGGUUAACAAUCCUUACUGCAUGUAAGGAAGGCUGCAGCCAACUCAAUAUUUUGUACAUAACCUUAGGAUAACUGUGUUUGCUUUAAGCCGUACCGUCUCCAAAAUGCAUAAUGCUUGUGUACCUUUGGCUAAAUAGGAUCCUAAAUAUAUCCCAAAAUGUUUUUCUGCAGUGCGUGUUUCAAUAAAGUUUCUAGUUUCUUUUUAAUCAAUCUAAA